GCUGGAGCGCGGGGCGGGCUGUGCGCGCGAAUGAAUGGGCGCCCGGGGGACGCGCGCGCUCGGGGCUGAAGGGCAUUAGGACCGUGAGGAUCGCUCGUGCGCCUGUCUCUCCCCAUCACCACCCCCCCUGCCCCCCACCUCUCUCCUUUUUCUGCUCUGCAGGACUGAGCAGCCGGGCGCGAGCGAAAACAAACAGCUGGGGCUGCGAGCGCCCCCGCCCCGGCCCCGAGCGCACACUCCGGCCCGGGCCCCCCCUACCCGGGCGCCCGGCCGCCCACCAUGAGGAAGAUCCGCGCCAAUGCCAUCGCCAUCCUGACCGUAGCCUGGAUCCUGGGCACUUUCUACUACUUAUGGCAGGACAACCGAGCCCACGCAGCAUCCUCGGGCAGCCGGGGCGCGCCGAGGGCCGGCGGGAGGCCGGAGCCGCUCCGCGAGGACCGCACCAUCCCGCUCAUUGUGACCGGCACGCCCUCUAGAGGCUUUGACGAGAAGGCGUACCUGUCGGCCAAGCUGCUGAAGGCUGGCGAGGACCCCUACAGGCAGCAUGCCUUCAACCAGCUGGAGAGCGACAAGCUGAGCCCCGACCGGCCCAUCCGGGACACCCGCCACUACAGUUGCCCUUCAGUGUCCUACUCCUCGGACCUGCCGGCCACCAGCGUCAUCAUCACCUUCCACAACGAGGCGCGCUCCACGCUCCUGCGCACAGUGAAGAGUGUCCUGAACCGAACUCCAGCCAGCCUGAUCCAAGAGAUUAUUUUAGUGGAUGACUUCAGUUCAGAUCCUGAAGACUGUCUGCUCCUCACCAGGAUCUCCAAGGUCAAGUGUCUGCGCAAUGACCGGCGGGAAGGGCUCAUCCGAUCCCGGGUCCGAGGGGCCGACGUGGCCACGGCUGCUGUGCUCACCUUCCUCGACAGUCACUGCGAAGUGAACACGGAGUGGCUACCGCCCAUGCUGCAGCGGGUCAAAGAGGACCACACCCGGGUGGUGAGCCCCAUCAUCGACGUCAUCAGUCUGGAUAACUUCGCUUACCUUGCUGCAUCUGCUGACCUGCGGGGAGGAUUUGACUGGAGCCUGCAUUUCAAGUGGGAGCAGAUCCCUCUGGAGCAGAAGAUUGCUCGGACAGACCCCACCCAGCCUAUCAGGACUCCUGUCAUAGCUGGGGGCAUCUUCGUGAUCGACAAGUCCUGGUUUAACCACCUGGGAAAGUACGAUGCCCAGAUGGACAUCUGGGGUGGAGAGAAUUUUGAGCUCUCCUUCAGGGUGUGGAUGUGUGGUGGGAGCCUGGAGAUCCUGCCCUGCAGCCGGGUAGGCCACGUCUUCAGGAAGCGGCACCCCUACAACUUCCCUGAGGGCAACGCCCUCACCUACAUCCGGAACACCAAGCGCACUGCCGAGGUGUGGAUGGAUGAAUACAAGCAGUAUUACUACGAGGCCCGGCCGUCAGCCAUUGGGAAGGCCUUUGGCAGCGUGGCCACACGGAUCGAGCAGCGGAAGAAGUUGAACUGCAAAUCCUUCCGCUGGUACCUAGAGAACGUCUACCCAGAGCUCACCAUCCCGGUUAAGGAAGUGCUCCCCGGCAUCAUCAAGCAGGGUGUGAAUUGCUUAGAAUCCCAGGGCCAGGACAACUUCCUGCUCGGAAUGGGACCCUGCAGAGGGAGUGCCAAGAACCCCCCAGCAUCCCAGGCCUGGCUGUUCAGUGAGCAUCUCAUCCAGCAGCAGGGCAAGUGCCUCACGGCCGCCUCCAGCUCCGACCCCCAGGACGCCCCGGUCACGCUGCAGACGUGCAACCCGCGGGAAGGCAAGCAGAGAUGGCGGCGGAAAGGUUCCUCCAUCCAGCAUUCCGUCAGCGGCCUCUGCCUGGAGGUGAAGUCCGACCAGCUAGUGACCAGCAAGUGCCAGGCCGACGCCCCUGGGCAGCAGUGGCAGCUGUUGCCCCACACCUGACGGCAGCCCCCGGGGCCUCCUGUACCUUUUGCAUGAGACUUGGGGACCGGAAGGGGUUAGGGUGGGGGAGUGUAAAGCGGGCCCUUUCCAUCUCCUGCCAUUUCUGCCGGGAUCAUCAGCCAACAACAACCCCCGCCAUGAUGUGAUUGUCCAAAGUCUGCACGGGGAGGGGCGUUCCC